UGAACCUGGUAGACAACGCCCAUUUGGGCGCGCUCUCCUGGCUCCUUGUGGACACACAGCUCACCAGCGUAGUGGCCUGUUAGUGAAAAGGUUAGCGAAGCUGCUUACUUCAGGAGCUUGAUCAGCGCAGACAGACGUAUGCCUUACAACUUAGUUAUUUGGUACAACUACCCUGUGCUCUCUCCUCCAAGUAAGUUCGUUAAAGUGAUCCGUGCCCGGUGGCGUAGCUAAAGGCGUCCCGUGGGCAGCAUGUCCUCUGAGACCUCGUCCCCUGUGCAGGCGGCACCGUCCACGCCCCCCUUGCUAUCGCCUGUGUCGCCCAGCUCCCUGCACCUGCCCCAGUCCCGGCAGAGAGACCGCUCGCCUUCACCCAUGCGGGGCUACCUGAUCCCCAGCCCGCUGCCAACCCGCAGGAAUCGCACCGUCUCCGCGUCCACAAGAGCGUCGGAGGGACCAGUUUUCACUGGCGUGUGCAAGUGCUUUUCACGAUCCAAAGGACACGGCUUCAUCAAGCCGUCGGACGGCGGCGCUGACAUCUUCGUGCAUGUCUCGGACAUUGAGGGAGAGUAUGUUCCAGUCGAAGGGGAUGAGGUCAGCUACAAGAUCUGCUCCAUUCCUCCUAAGCUUGAAAAGGUCCAGGCGGUGGAAGUGACCAUCACUCAUCUGGCACCAGGCACCAAGCAUGAGACGUGGUCAGGAGCAGUUGUUAGCUCCUGAAGACUGGGGGAAGUACUGCUCAAGCUCAAGCGUGGUGCUUGUUUUGGUUACCAUGGGGGCGGGGGGGAGGAGAACCGUAUGGUAACUGUGCAGAUGUGCAAAAAGGGGGGGAAAAAAAACCCAAACCCUUGUGAAUAUUGUUGAAGAUGAUGCAUUCCUUUUUCAGUGUUGGUGGGUUUUUUUCUUGCCGUGUUUUCAGUGUUCCUAAGCAGUCUUUGCUGUCAGCUGUGUUUUCACACUUAACUCGAGUCAUAUCACUAUGGCUGUUGGGGAGGUAGAUGCUCUGCUUGUAACAAUAAAGCCUUAAUUCACAUCUAUAUAUUUGCUUGCUGUAAAAACACUGUGGCACUAUAUCCUCUUACUCAUGUCACUUUUCAUUAUCAGUACACUAUUAAACAGUAAAAGGGAUGCAGAA